UUGUUGCGGGGUUCAGCAGCACGUGUUUUCUGUGCCUUGUUAUUCUUCCUGAUUUAUUAAUCCAGUGUGUUUUCUAGCAGAGUUCAUUGAGCUCGCAGGUCGAGAGGAUGAAAGCUCGAGUGUUCUGCUUAUUGAGUGCUCUUUUGUUGUGUCUGUCUGCAUGUUUGAGCACAACAGAUGCUGUAGUCGUAGCAGCAAAGCCAGGAGAGUGUCCAAGCAAAAUAUCUGGAGUGAGAAAGUGUGGCGAGUUGUUCGUGUGACCAUGACUGUCCGAACAAUGAGAAAUGCUGCAGCAAUGGAUGUGGACAUCAGUGUAUGCCUCCAUAUUCAGUGAAGCCUGCCGCCGAGCCUCCCAAGCCUCCAGUGAAGCCUGCUGCUGAGCCGCCCAAGCCUCCAGUGAAGCCUGCCGCCGAGCCGCCCAAGCCUCCGGUGAAGCCUGCCGCCGAGCCGCCCAAGCCUCCGGUGAAGCCUGCCGCCGAGCCGCCCAAGCCUCCGGUGAAGCCUGCCGCCGAUCCGCCCAAGCCUCCGGUGAAGCCUGCCGCCGAGCCGCCCAAGCCUCCGGUGAAGCCUGCCGCCGAGCCGCCCAAGCCUCCGGUGAAGCCUGCUGCCGAGCCGCCCAUUCCUCCAGUGUGUGGCGGAAGCUGUCCUCAAACUCCCCAUCAAGGUGGAGGCCACGGUGGAAAAAAACGAGGCCACGGCGGGAAAAAAACGAGGCCACGGCGGAAAAAAAACGAGGCCACGGCGGAAAAAAACGAGGCCACGGCGGACAUGGGCAAGGCCAUAAACACGACUGUGAUGGGACUGAGGGACAAUGUGAUGGCAAAUGUCAGUCGUAGUGUUUUGUUUUAUCACCAAAUAAAUCUUUAUUCAAUGUCUUCCUGCUUCAUUUGA